AUGGACGCACCGCAACAGUUGACCAUCACCAUUCAACGUGCCUACCAGAUUUGUCCCGAGGCCCGCAUCAUCUUAUUCAGGACAAGUGUGCGUUCUCAAUUCGAUAGAGUCCUCAAUGGCCCAGAUGCAUUCAGUGCCAUUGAAUGGCACCGGGAUGUUGUUAAUAGUACAGUGCUACAGUCGGUCUAG